CAGAGUGAUCGUAGAGCUGGAGGAGUACAGUCCUGGAAAAGUCUCCUGAAACACCGCUGGGAUAUACGGCUUUCUGUCGCUCUGCGCUGCUUCCAGCUUUGGAUUUGAUCAAACUAAAUCAUUUUUCAGAAGAGGAAUAUUUGGAAGGAAAAUCAAAGAGUCUAGGAGAAAGGUUGUCUGCUCCCAGACUACAUUUCCCAUGGAGACUUGCAGCGACACUCUCAUGGUACUCCCAUGGAGCCACCAAUCAGGGUUUUGGACCCAAAGAACCAGUGAGACUCAAAUGGACCUGUUGUGAUUUCACCAUCAGAACCUUAAGCUCGUCACGUCGCCUCCUGCUGCUCCUCCCUCAGAACUCCUCUCUGUUUCCAGCUUCUCCUGCUUUACGUUAAAGUUGAAUCAAGAUCGUAGCGUCUCCUCAGUCCAGAACUCCGUGCACAGAGACUGAGGCAGGACCAGGUUCAGGCUGCAGGAUGGCGGGUCUGUCUUGUUUGGCCCUGAUAUUUGCUGCACUUCUUCUUCCUCUCAGAACUGAUGCUGCAGGUCAGAACCCGGACCAUGUUCUGCUGGGGGAGGGUGGUAAACCUGAGGCCCGGCGUCCUGGUGAGGACUCCACCAUCGCACCCGAGGACCUCCCUCGAUUCCUGAGCUGCUACUGCUCCGGACACUGUCCUGACGAUGCCACCAACAACACCUGCCAGACCAACGGUCAGUGCUUCGCCAUCAUCGAGGAAGACGAGCACGGAGAUGUUCUUCUUACCUCCGGGUGCAUGAAGUACGAAGGCUCCCACUUCCAGUGCAAGGACUCUCCCAACGCUCAGAGCAGGAGGACGAUCGAGUGCUGCAACACAGAUUUCUGUAACGGAGACCUGAGACCCACCCUGCCGCCGCAGAUUCCCAUGGGUAAGCUUUCAGCUGGUGUCGGAGCUGCGAGUCGUGUUCAGUUAACCUCAGUGCUGCUUGUUCCUGCAGAGAGCAGCUCCCAUUGGCUCGCCUUCCUCAUCUCCAUGACCGUCUGCUGCUGCACUCUCAUCUGCGUCACCAUCGUCUUCUACUACAAAUAUAAGUGGCAGACUGAACGUGACCGGUACCCUAAGGACGUGGAACAGGAAGUCUUUAUUCGAGGCGGAGAGUCACUCAAAGAUCUCAUUCAUCAGUCGCAGAGCUCUGGCAGUGGCUCAGGGCUCCCCCUGCUGGUGCAGCGGACCAUCGCCAAGCAGAUCCAGAUGGUUCGUCAGAUUGGGAAAGGUCGCUACGGCGAGGUGUGGUUGGGCCGCUGGAGAGGCGAGAAGGUGGCCGUCAAAGUCUUCUUCACCCGCGAGGAGGCCAGCUGGUUCCGUGAGACUGAGAUCUACCAGACGGUCCUGAUGAGACACGAGAACAUCCUCGGCUUCAUCGCUGCAGAUAUCAAAGGUUCGGGCGCCUCCACCCAGCUCUUCCUCAUAACAGACCACCACGAGAGCGGCUCUCUGUACGACCACCUGAAGCUGAACACGCUGGACGCUCAGGCGCUGCUCCGGCUGGCAUACUCGGCGGCCUGCGGCCUCUGUCACCUGCACACCGAGAUCUACGGCACGCAAGGCAAGCCGGCCAUCGCCCACCGAGACCUGAAGAGCAAGAACAUCUUGGUGAAGAAGAACGGCACCUGCUGCAUCGCCGACCUCGGCCUCGCUGUCAAGUUCAACAGCGACACAAACGAGGUGGACGUCCCUCUGAGCACUCGAGUGGGGACGAGGCGCUACAUGGCCCCCGAAGUCCUGGAGGAGAGCCUGAACAAGAACCACUUCCAGGCCUACAUCAUGGCCGACAUCUACAGCUACGGCCUCAUCGUGUGGGAGAUGACCAGACGCUGUGUCACCGGAGGGAUGGUGGAGGACUACCAGCUGCCGUAUUACGACAUGGUGCCCUCUGACCCCUCCUUUGAAGACAUGCUGGAGGUGGUUUGUGUUAAAGGACUUCGGCCCACCGUGUCCAACCGCUGGAACAGUGACGAGUGCCUUCGAGCCAUGCUGAAGCUGAUGUCCGAGUGCUGGGCCCAUAACCCCGCCUCCCGCCUCACCAUCCUCAGAGUGAAGAAGACGCUCGCCAAGAUGGUGGAGUCCCAGGACAUCAAGAUCUGACCCCCCCCCCCCCCUUCCUCUGCCUCCGACAGAUACAUCCAUCUUUGUGAACUCGAACCAAACCGGACCGGAUUCUCUUCUCCCAGCCGGGAAGAGGAGGAGAAACUGGGAGAUGAGAGAAAAGAACCUUCCUCAGAGCUGAACUGUGUGCCGCCGCCUCCUUUUCCUCUUUUGAGUUCUUCUCUCGGAACAAGUUGGCUGGGUUUGACGCUUUCUGUGAAAGCCAAACGGGACAAUAAAAACCCUUUAAAUGAGACGAGAUGAACGGAGUAAAGCAGCAGAGUUUAGUUUUUUUUUCUUUUGGUUCUUCUUUUCAGGACUGAGUUCUCCUGCCGUAAAGGAAUAUAUCUCCAUCUUCCAGUAGGUUCUUUCUAAACUGAACAAGGUACUCUGAGAACAAGAGCUGUAAAUAAAUGUUCAUUAGACGCUGAGCUUCACCCGAGUCCAGCCCGCUUCUCCGAGAGACGUCUGCCGUCCUGUUUCUGUCUGUCCACUUCCUGUUUGUCUCACCGGGAUCCCGUGGUACGUGUAGGGGCGGAGCUUCUGGGUAGGGCGGGGCUACACAUCCCGCUCUUUCAGAUGGUUACAUGUUGCAGUGGUGAAAACCCAUCUUUUUAAAUCUUUUUUAUUUUGUUUUGUGUUCAGAUGUUCAGAUUAACUUAAACAUGCUUUCAGGUUAAAACUAAAUAUAGGAAUAAUGUUCUGAAUGAGAUCAGGUUAAAAGGAAAGUUUGAAAACGUUGACUCUAAUGAGUGUUGCAGGAAGUUGUCGUCACAUGACCUCAGCUGGCAGUGUGGUCACUACACAAGCUCUAAUUACUGUUUCAGAACAUAAAGUGCCCCGUUUAAAACAUGAAAUCCACUUUAUUUACACUCCAAAGUUCUUCAAUUGAAUGUUUUGAUGAAAGAAUCAAAGUUUUUUGUGUGCUGAUGCAGCGAGGCCAACAGUUAAUGUGACUGCUCCUUUAACGGCGAGCAGCAGGGUGAUGCACUCGCUGCAGCUCACACUGCUUCCUGUGUAAAAGUUAAAACGCAGCAUAGGAAAAAUCUCUCAAAUGUAAACAUUUAUUGUUGUUGUGUUGUUGUUGUUUGUACACCAUCUGGUUUGGUGCCUUUUGAGUUUACCAGGAAAGAGAAAAACUCAUAUUAAGUCUGUCCAAUUUUUAAGUAAAUAAUAACCUUAUUUUAGUACACAAA